CCCGCCCCACCAGCCGACGUGGAAUUUUAGGGCAACACAAAACGUUGUCGUGUCGCUGUCGCUGAUCUGUCUGUAUUCCACACUGUUGUCCGUAGCAGCUGAAGUCUGAAGUCGGCCACAAAAUCCGCUUAAAUUUGUCUACUAAAACCCGGAAAACACAAGCUCAGCUAUGGAUCAAGUCUUGGCUUUUCUUGAACCUGGCCGCCAGUUCUCCAAAGAUUCGAUUCGUUUGGUCAAAAGAUGCACAAAACCCGACAGAAAAGAAUUCCAGAAAAUUGCUGUGGCCACUGCUAUUGGAUUCUGCUUGAUGGGAUUCAUUGGAUUUUUUGUCAAGCUGAUCCACAUUCCCAUCAACAACAUCAUUGUGUAA